AUGCGAGCAGCUAGAAAGAUUUGGGUGACUUUGGUGACGACCGGUGAGAUCUUCGUCCUCGCAGCAAUAGCCACCAACCUGACGGCCAUUUGCACUCCCAAUUGGAUGGAGUACAACAUCGACAAGUCUGAUUUUUACCCAAACAGAGGACUUUUUCAGAACUGCAAGGGAUCACUUAAUAGCGAGUGUCUCGAGAUCUCGAAUCCGCUUCACGCCUCUCUAGAAUGCAUACGAAUCGCAGACUGGGCCUUCGAAUUAGCAGCCCUGCUCCUUGAAACUGUCACGUCAUUUGGUUGCAUUUUUUACCUAUUGUUGGUACGCUACUGCAUUAGCAAGCCAAGUGCCCAGAGCGCCCAAACAUGCCUAGCCGUCUCCGGUUACCUCCUUUGGCUGUCAGGUUUGGGCAUUCAGUUUUACGUUACCUGCCUUUUGCAAUAUUUUGAAUUUUUGUUAACAGCAAACAUAUCCUUGCUUAUUCAGGCGGACUGGAAUGGACUCACCCAAAAUUAUGGUCAUUCCUCUUACCUGAUUUGGUCCAGUGCCGGACUCAGUGUAGUCGCAAGUUGGCUGUGGAUAGUGGCCUCAUUUGUACAGCCGCCGCCACACAUCUCACCCUCAAUGGGUGCUUUGACAACUUCAUCAACAGUUCCUCUCUAUCCACUAGCGCCUAAACAAGCUUCUUAA